ACCGCUUCCGGGGUGGGGCGCGGCGAGCUGGGCUUGGCGUUCUUCAGCUCGCUUCUGGCCUGUGUGUCCGUGCUCACUGCUGUAAUGAGCUUCCUCAAAAGUUUCCCGCCACCGGGGUCAGCUGAGGGGCUCCGGCAGCAGCUGCCCGACACCGAGGCUGUGCUGAACGGGAAGGGCCUGGGCACCGGCACCCUGUACAUCGCUGAGAGCCGCCUGUCUUGGUUAGAUGGCUCUGGAUUAGGAUUCUCACUGGAAUACCCCACCAUUAGUUUGCAUGCAGUGUCCAGGGACCUAAAUGCAUACCCACGAGAGCAUUUGUAUGUCAUGGUGAAUGCCAAAUUUGAAGAAGAAUCAAAAGAAUCUGUUGCUGAUGAAGAAGAGGAAGACAGUGACGAUGAUGUUGAACCUAUUGCUGAAUUUAGAUUUGUGCCCAGUGAUAAAUCAGCAUUGGAGGCCAUGUUCACUGCAAUGUGUGAAUGCCAGGCUUUGCAUCCCGACCCUGAUGAUGAAGAUUCAGAUGAUUACGAUGGGGAGGAAUACGAUGUGGAAGCACAUGAACAAGGACAGGGGGACAUUCCUACAUUUUACACCUAUGAAGAAGGAUUAUGCCAUUUAACAGCAGAAGGCCAGGCCACAUUGGAGAGAUUAGAAGGAAUGCUUUCUCAGUCUGUGAGCAGCCAGUAUAACAUGGCUGGAGUCCGGACAGAAGACUCAGUAAGAGAUUAUGAAGAUGGGAUGGAGGUAGAUGCUACACCAACAGUUGCUGGGCAGUUUGAGGAUGCAGAUGUUGAUCACUGAAAAUAAUUUUAUGCUGCUUUGGGAUUCUGCUCAUAACUGUAGGAGAGAACUUGGUGCCUUUUCCUCUGUGGAGUGGGUGUUGAUGAAAGUAUUUUUUCUUCUCCAAAACUUACCCGAGCCAGUUCUUUCUUGAAACAGACUAUACGGAGACAACACGUUGUCACCAGCAGAAGAAACUCUGACCUUUUUUAACAAAGGUGAAUUACCGUAACCAAGAGGGUAUUUGUAGUGUAUCAUUUACUCCCAAACUUCCUGUGUCUAGGUACCCUCUGAGUAGGCCUGUACUUCCUGCCUUCAGUGUAUGCAUCUCCCGUAACCCAGCAGGGCCCUAUGGUGAAAAUGCACAGGACUUGAAGGUCUAGGUAGACUGGAUGGGACAGAGGCUGAAUCUAAGAUAUACCCCCCUUAGGGCCUAAGGAUACUCUUACCCCUUAAAGAGAGAAACAGAGAUCUCAGAGAAAUCUUGGCCUCUGUUCAUUCUCCACAGGGGUAAGGAUCUUUUUACUAAUUUGGGACCCAGAUUCAUUCAUUCAGGCAUCUCUAGGGAGCCCCUUUGGAAACAUCCCAGCCAUGCCACUAACACAAGUGCUUCUGCCUAGCUUUUGCUCCUUUCACCAUGUUCCACCAGUUCUGUUAUAACCUCUUAGGUUAUAUCCUUUCAUUUCCAGCCUCUUAGGUCAGUUUCUGUAAUAGAACAAGUGAAACUGGGAUGAAGUCCUCAAAGUACUUCAGAUGAUAAUUGUUUUGUCUUCAUAAUAGCUUAACAAAUAAAUCUAGGUUUUCUAUAUUA